ACGCAGACGAAGCUCGAUCACGACGGAAGACGACGUCCCGAGACGACCGUGGAUCCGGGAUGACGACUCACAUCACGUCGAUGGUGAUAGACUAUCUGGUGUUCAUUGGAUUCAUCGUGGUUUCCUUCGUGAUACCGCUAUGGGGGAAUUUCAAGACGAAGAAAAAGGAGACGAAGGCGACUUACGUGUUCGCCACCGGCAGCGUGUCGAUGGGCGCGAUGAUGCUGUCAAUCGCGCGUGGAACUCUUGGCGUCAGGUCUUUCCUAGGUUAUCCUUCGGAACUGUAUUAUCGAGGUAGCGCCAUGUGGGAGACUCUGUACGGGAUGCUGUUGGCGUAUCCUAUCGUCUGUUUCAUCUUCGUACCCGUUUACUAUAGCCUCGGUAUCACGUCGGUCUACCAAUACUUGGAUAUGAGGUUCAAGUCAAAAGUAGUCAGAGGUCUGGCGAGCUUCUCUUACGUCAUACGGAGCCUUCUGAAUUUGGCGGUCACGGUAUUCACCCCUUGCGUCGCGCUGAAAGCGGUGAUAGGGCUUCCGUACUGGGCUAGUAUCGUGGGAAUAACAACUAUUUCUGUGGCUUUCACGAUCAUAGGAGGUCUAAAAGCUGCUAUUCUGUCAGAUGUUAUACAAGCUCUAGCGAUGAUUGGUGUAUCAAUGGUAAUCAUCGUACAGGGAACUGUCAAUGUCGGCGGGCCGGCUAAUGUCUUAAAUGUAACUUAUGAACGCGGACGACUAGAUUUCUUCAACUUUGAUAUGGAUCCGACUGUUCGAGUAACGACAAUGUCGGCGACACUAGGUCAACUCUUCAUGAGUUUAUCCAUUUUCGGAUGUCAGCAAAAUUUUGUCCAGAGAUACUGCAGUAUGUCCAGCCAAAGAAAAGUUGUCAAGACAAUGAUGGCCAACAUACCUAUAAUCACGAUUUUGUUCUCGUUAUCUUGGAUCGUUGGAAUGGUGAUUUUUGCCAAUUAUGCCGACUGUGAUCCACUCAGUCUAGGAUAUAUCUCCAAAAUCGACGAGAUCGUACCAUUCUAUGUCGAAGACAAAUUCCUCAAUUUACCCGGUAUGCUUGGUCUUGUGAUGGCGACUCUGUUCAACAGCGCUUUAACUUUGACGGUAUCGAAUCUCAAUUCUCUCGCGACGGUGACUUUCGAGGAUUUCCUGAGUCCCAUACCUGUGUUCAGCAAUCUACAGGACACGCAGCAGCUUCACGCGAUUAAAAUAAUCGGUGUUAUCUACGGUUUACUGAUAAUCGGAAUUAGUUUCUUGGUAGCUAUGUUAUCUGGUGUAAUAGAAUCUUCUAUGCUGAUGACGUCAGCGACGUCCGGACCUCUUCUCGGUGUGUUUCUCUUGGCCAUGUUGAUACCUUGUGCCAAUUGGAAAGGUGCCGCCGCUGGCAUGAUCUUCAGUCACGUAACGACAAUAUGGAUCACUUUCGGUCAUCUCAGUCUGGGUACUGUGAUCAACAUGCUACCCUUGUCGACAGAGAAUUGCCACAACGAGACAUUCUCCUCAUGGAUCACUGAACCAAUCAGCUUAGAAUCUUCUACAUCAAACAACUCCAGUUGGACGACAAUUCAACAGAAUAUUACAUUAUCAUCCGUCGACGAAUCCAAUACAUCGUCCAAUCCUCUAAAUGUUCUUUAUGGGAUAACUUACAUGUAUUACGCUCUUAUUGGUAGCGUAACAACAGUCAGCGUCGGAAUCAUCGUGAGUUUAAUUACCGCUGAUCCUGAAGCUGAUAAGUACGAGGAACAUUUGCUGCAUCCCAUAGCACGAAAAAUAGCGGGAUUAUUUCCUGGAAAGCGAAGGCUCUACGCCAGCAACACUCGUCUUGGAAAUAAAAACGAUAUCACAAACGGCACGAAUGCCACCCUUUCCUCAGUAAUGUCUAUCCCUGACAGUGUCGAGAAAGCGAUUUCUUUUCAAGGAUGCGUUGACGACAAGGGAAAGCUACAUCUAGAUAGUAAUUAUGUGGAGAAGUUGAAUGUAUUAAAGAAUGCUUCCCUAGAUGUGACUAAUGAAAUCGGCAAGCAUACUAAAUUAUAAUAUCACGAUGCUAGUCUGCAAGUAUUUUUUGUACAUUAUUUGUAGUAUUGUCAUUGGAUUGAAAAUCUCGACACUCGUGAGAGUAUAUUGUGAUGAACUCGAUGAGAGAGAGAGAGAAAGAGAGAAAGAAUGAACAGUUCUGUAUGUAUGUUGGCAUUAAAUUUUAUUAUCCGAAUAUAUGGUACACGUGACGGCUUUGUGACCCGUGCGUGGAACGUAAUUAGGCGUAAGUAAAGUUUCCCUCGAUUACAGCUCGAGCUAUAUUCACAUUCAGUUCAAAAUAUCGCUCAAAUGAAGGCAAUUCAGAGAUGCAGUUCGCUAGGAAAACUUCUAACUUGCGUGUGCCAAUUAGAGUUAACUAUGAGACACGAGUGACGUUGUAAGCUGUAUUUAGACAUGGACGCGAUUUACUAGGGAAGAUUGUUAAAUAUACAUACAUUUGCUGAAUGGAAUUUACGUCAUUGCUUGCAGCAAA